AUGCCACCGCUGAAUCAGACGGCGAACCCUGAAAAUGCCCAGUAUCCCAUUGCAUCGACUUCACAGCAGUCAACGUCUCAGCCACAAACGCGACAGGCAGCAGAGGAGGCGAGGAAAGACCGUACAUUGGCUGAGUUUCUGCUCAUGCUGGAUGACUAUGAACCUUUGAUCCCGAAUGAAGUGACGGAUUACUACUUGCAGCGGGUAGGGUUCGAGUGUGAAGAUGUACGAUUAAAACGGCUAUUAUCUCUGGCAGCACAAAAGUUUGUCUCCGACAUCGCCGCUGAUGCCUUCCAACAUGCACGGAUACGAACAAAUGCUGCAGGCGGUCGGACGAGGACGAGUCAGGCGCCAGGCGCUGCUGCGCGGGAUAAGGCCAGGACGACAUUGACCAUGGAAGACCUCAGUGCCGCCCUAGCAGAGUAUGGCAUCAACUCCCGGAAACCAGAGUUCUACAUGUGA